AUGAACAAAAGCAAGAGGCGUGGAAACCGGAGCUUGAGAUUUUACUCGGCAGCCGAGGACGAAGAGGGCACGGGAAAGGACGAAACCUGCCAGGCAGCCUGCUGCCGACGGGACAAUGAUAUGUACAUUGACAGAAAGCAGUGGACCGAGUACAUUGACAGUCUGCUGCCCAAAGGCGAACAUAACGAUCAGCAGCCAUCAAUUUCCAUCUUACGCCGUCCACUUAAAGAGCUCUUACGCACGAGCGCCGACGGGGAGCUUUCGAUCACUCCCGAUGAGCUGAUCAUCAUGUCGUACCGCGUAUUUGGGUUUAUACUGCGCACACGAAAAUGGGCCCAGCUUGAUCUAUCCUAUCUCAUCGAAGUUCACCCUAGAAAGCAUGAGCCCGCGACCAGAAGCCGGGCAGAUUCGACGGGAAACACCGAAGCCAAAGAGCCUACCACGUUUUCACGCCUGGUGCUGAAUGAAAAGCAUAAGCACAUGAUAGUGUCGCUGAUUGCACAACACUUUCGAGACAAGAAGUCGAUCAGUGGACAGAGGGAGCAGGUGGACAUUGUUAGAGGAAAAGGCAAGAAACACUCGAACAGACGAGACCACGACGCUGACCGUAACCACAGGCAAGUGUUUGAUCCUGCUACUACAUGGUGCCCCAGGUGUGGGAAAGACAUCCACUGCAGAGGGUGUCGCGGAGCUCUUUCAGAAACCACUCUUCCAGAUUACCUGCGGGGAUCUUGGAACUACAGCGAAAGAUGUGGAAACUGCCCUGGAAAUCAAUUUCGCCUUGGCCAACCGCUGGGACUGUAUUCUGUUGCUAGAUGA